AUGUUUUUUCACACUCACAAUUCCAUUAUUGAAUGUGACCAGACGCAUGCCUCGUGUGAAUCCAACUUAUUUCUAUAUCGAUAUAAUAAAGGAAAGCAACGUUUCAAAAAACGAUAUGAGCUACGCUUUUCUCCACUUCAAGCAGAAUAUUCUAUCGUUUCGAUAAAAGAAUUAGAAGUGAAGCCUUUUGGAGAAACGUGCAUUUUCUGUCUUAUCCAUGUUGAUUCUCUUUCUCGCUAUGAACUCUAUCAAUUAGAGUUUGAAACAAGCAAGUUUAUGUUUAUGCUCUCAUUCACAUUCAACGGAUCAGUUGAAAAGCUGUUCCUUGUUGAUGGUCCUCAAAUUGCUUCUGAAGACGGCGAUAUCUCUAUUCUACAGAUCGAUCCUGCGUUUAGUGAAAGACAGAUGGUCCAAUCGGAGCCUACGGCAGUUAUUGUCACUUCCCCUUCUGGUUCCUCCAAUUCGACUCUAUCCGUUGUAUAUGCAAACAAUACAUUUUCCAUUCCACUUUCUUCCUGCCCUCUCUCUCCCCCGUUUUCCACAGAAAUCGUCAGCACAUCUGAUAACUUUUUCUACUGCGUUCUUCACUCUCCCUCCACGGUCCUCAUCGGUGUGUUCGUCGAGUCUCUCUUCGUUUCGCUCCUCAACGAAACAGCCGAGUUCCGAUCCAUCGAAAAAGUCCGAUAUUUUGGAAAUCAAGCCGUCAUCGUUCAGCUCAACUCCUCAGCAGUGAUUCUGCGCAAUGGAAGGAUUGAAUCGCGGUUUCGAGGCGAGCAAGUCUUUGUGGACGAUUUCUGCAAUUCCGGAUUUCCGGCUUAUUUCUGCCUGGAGAACGAGAAAACAACGGAGUAUUCGUUGCUGAUGGCCGAUCACGCUGUGUUGGUGCGUUCGUUUCUUCGCAUUCACUCCCAAAAGCGAGACAAAUGUCGGAUGGAGCCGCAGACGUCGCUUCAGCCACGCGAAGGGCAGUCAAAACUAAACGAAACUGGGCGUUCUUUGUUUUUCUUUGGGCUUCGCAAUCGGAUGCAGGUUUUGGAGAAAGAGCUGAAAAAGAUUCGCAUCCAGGAAGAGGUUUUGGUGUCCAUCGAGCGACGUGAGAAGCAGAAUGUGCGUUGGAACCGAUUUGUGGAGGGGAGAACAGCGAUUCGAUCGAAGGCAAUGGAGAUGGCUGCGAUUCCGAUUGGCGUGGAACGAAUUCAAAGCUGGAAAAUCGGGAAAUCGAUCAGAGUCGAACUCGAAGGAGUUUGGAAGGAAUCGACUUGCAAAGCGUUUUUUUGGUGUUAUGCUUUGUGUCAGAAUUGCUCGAUUCGUUCAAAGAGAAAUCAAAUCGCAAACGGAAGGUUCCGCGCUGUUUUCUUCGUCGAAGGGGUCAAACUGCUAUCAAAGGACCCGUCCUUUUAUUUGUUUGUCAACUGGGAUGGGGUGAAUCGCUUCCUAGGCGAGUAUAGCUUUGCAUUGAAGCCGCAAGAUUCGUCCGAUUACGCUUUGAUUUAUAAGGAACAUCUUGAAAGCUCAAAAGUCAUUCAUUACCUCAAGCAAAUCCCGGGCGUUCGCUUUUCCUUCGUUACUUCCUCGAUGAAAUGUGCGCAUGUUUCCACAGAUUUUGACACGAUGCUGCUUUUAGAAAAAACGAUUCGCAGGAUCGAUCCGCACUCUUCUGUUUUGGUGGAUCGCCUUCCCUUGCAGAAAACGUGUGAAUUGAUUGAGUCAAUAUGCGAAUGUCUUUUGAAUGAGUUACGACUUAUAAAAGAGGAGAAUUGCGUACUGCGUUGUGAGACCCAGCGAUAA